AUGGAAGCCGACCAUUUAAUUGAUACAAAUCUUGUCCAGAAUAUGAUUUUAAAUGGUCGAACUUAUAGAGAAAUCAGUCUCGUAUUGGAAAGCAUGUUUCCGGAAAGGAGAGGUGGCGUGGUGAGUAGAUUUGCUCCCCAGGAGGGCGUCGGUACCGAGAAAGAGGUGGUGAAUAUGGUGUCGAGCGGUCAACAUAGAGUAUAUGGUUUUCCAAGAUGUCCCGGUGACAACUCAACUAUUUGUGACUAUGUAAGGGAGUUAUUAAACCUUGGAGCCUACAAUGACUUUGUACAAAGCUUUCUCUGUCAGGCUGAAUACUGGCAUGAUCCACUCAAUGAAGAACUGUACAAACAGAAGAGUAUCUUCCUAGCAGAUAUCAACCAAGAAAAUGGCAUAAACAAGUCAUACAAGACAAAUUUACAGAAACUCAACAAAUUUGUAAUGGUGAAGUUUGGUAAAGACACAAUGGUAGAUCCAAAAGACAGCGAGUGGUUUGGAUUCUACACUCCUGGGCAAGCUAAAGAAACAUUCAGACUUCAGGAUAGUCCACUUUAUAAAGAGGAUAAGCUUGGACUCAAACAAAUGGACUUGAAAAAGAAACUGGUAUUUCUGGUGUCAGAUACAGAUCAUUUGCGCUUCACAGAUGUUUUUUUCAAAACUAAUAUUUUGCCAUAUUUAAAUUAGUAACAACAUCAUGGGUUCAAUUACAUGAUUGGGUAUAUCAUAGAAUGAACAUAAUGUAUUAUUGUACCUAACAAAUGUAAAUAUUAUUUGUUGUAUGUUUUAUGAAAUGAAAGAAAAGUCUAAAAAAAAUUUAAAUUUAUAACUAAUACAAACUCAUUUAUCUUUGUCUAUUGCGAAUGACGUUUACAAAUGAAAUGAACCAAUCCAGGAAUAGUAUGGUGACAUCAUUUUUAGUUCUAUUUAAUAUUAAUGAAAUAGUUCAACAUUAUUAAGCAGGUGGUCACAGUUGCUAUGUCAAGUAAAGGCUUGCACAUGCAUUAUGGGUAUAGACAGCUCUCGAAUCAAUCACUAUUUGGAUGAAAGCUUUUACAAGCACAAUCCCAGUUUUGUGACCUCCACUGUUGUGUUUAAUUUAAAAGUAAUAUAAAACUAAUUAAGAAAGCAAUUUUUUUAGCUAUAAAACUUUUGUUUACUGGUAUUCACACUUGUCAUGAAUGACUAUAACUUUGAUAAAAUUGUAAAAUAAAAUAGCUACAAUUAUUUGAACAUAUCAAAACAUGACCAUCAAAGAGGACAUCAUGAAGUUUUCCAUGCCCUAUAUUAUGAUAGUUAAUCACACAAGUAGCCAUGCUGUUUUCAAGUUUAACAGCAACACUUAUGGUCAGUGUUUUGUCAGUGUCACAAGGCACAAUCGUGGACACUUCAUGUUGUAGGACUCCAGAGAAAUGCUCACUGUGACAAAAUUCUACUGACUCAUGUAAAUUUGUCUGAUGAAAUAAAGUUGUUUACAAUAACUCUA